AUGACCGACCUCUUGAAGAGUGUUGUCACUGUCAUUGAUAUUUUCUACAAGUACACAAGCCACGAUGGGGAGUGCAGCACGCUGAGCAAGGAUGAGCUAAAGGAACUUCUGGAGAGAGAAUUCCGCCCCAUUCUGAAGCCCUACCUGACUAUUUCGGCUGAGUGUGUGGGCUUGGCUAACCAGGUCGCCUUUGGUGCUCCCAUACAGAACCCAGAUGAUCCAGAUACCGUAGAUGUCAUCAUGCACAUGCUGGACCGAGACCACGACCGACGGCUGGACUUCACGGAGUUUCUUUUGAUGAUAUUCAAGCUGGCGAUGGCCUGCAACAAGGUUCUCAGCAAGGAGUACUGCAAAGCUUCAGGGUCAAAGAAGCAGAAGCCGGGGCGUGGUCGCCGACACCCAGGCGAAGAUUAUGAAACAGAAGAGGACGAGGAUGACACACCAGGAGAGAAAUCAGGAGGUCUGGUUCAAGUGAAUUUGCUAAAGGGGGUCAACACGGGUGUGGUGCCGGUCAGUCCUCAGGCUCUAAACAAUAUGGGUCUAGCGCUGGUCAGUCCUCGGGCUAUGGCCAACAGGGGUCUGGCUCGGGUCAGUCCUCAGGCCGUGGCCAACAGGGGUCUGGCUCGGGUCAGUACUCGGGCUAUGGCCAAAAAGGGUCUGGCUCAGGUCAGUCCUCGGGCUAUGGCCAACAGGGGUCUGGCUCGGGUCAGUCCUCACGCCGUGGCCAACAGGCGUCUGGCUCAGGUCAAUCCUCAGGCUAUGGCCAAAAAGGGUCUGGCUCAGGUCAGUCCUCGGGCUAUGGCCAACAGGGGUCUGGCUCGGGUCAGUCCUCGGGCUAUGGCCAAAAAGGGUCUGGCUCAGGUCAGUCCUCGGGCUAUGGCCAACAGGGGUCUGGCUCGGGUCAGUCCUCAGGCCGUGGCCAACAGGGGUCUGGCUCGGGUCAGUACUCGGGCUAUGGCCAAAAAGGGUCUGGCUCAGGUCAGUCCUCGGGCUAUGGCCAAAAAGGGUCUGGCUCAGGUCAGUCCUCGGGCUAUGGCCAACAGGGGUCUGGCUCGGGUCAGUCCUCGGGCUAUGGCCAACAGGGGUCUGGCUCGGGUCAGUCCUUGGGCUCUGGCCAACAUGGUGCUGGUUCAGGCCAAUCCUCCAGCUCUAGACAACACAGAUCUGGAGAAAGUGGAUCCAGUCACAAGGAGUCCACUGACAUUGCACAGCACUCAGGAGACUCACAGGCACGCUCAGGGUCGAGUCAUGGCCAGUCUGGAUCUCAACAUGGCGAGUCAGGAUCCUCCAUUAGCGGGAGACAGGGAACUACUCGUGGACAGUCAGGAGACAGCAGUAGACAAUCCCAGUCUGGACACGGACAAUCCUCACACUCAGGGUCGAGUCAUGGCCAGUCUGGAUCUCAACAUGGCGAGUCAGGAUCCUCCAUUAGCGGGAGACAGGGAACUACUCGUGGACAAUCAGGAGACAGCAGUAGACAGUCCCAGUCUAGACACAGACAAUCCUCACACUCAGAGUCUAGCAGGACGGGAAGGAGUGGAUCCAGUCACAGUGAGUCUAGUGACAUUGAAUCGUACUCAGGAGACUCACAGUCACGCUCAGGGUCGAGUCAUGGCCAAUCUGGAUCUCGACAUGGACAAUCGGGAUCCUCCAUUAGCGGGAGACAGGGAACUACUCAAGGACAGUCAAGAGACAGCAGUAGACAAUCCCAGUCUGGACACGGACAAUCCUCAUACUCAGGGUCGAGUCAUGGCCAGUCUGGAUCUCAACAUAGAGAGUCGGGAUCCUCCAUUAGCGGGAGACAGGGAACUACUCGUGGACAGUCAAGAGACAGCAGUAGACAAUCCCAGUCUGGACACGGACAAUCCUCACACUCAGGGUCGAGUCAUGGCCAGUCUGGAUCUCAACAUGGAGCGUCGGGAUCCUCCAUUAGCGGGAGACAGGGAACUACUCGUGGACAGUCAAGAGACAGCAGUAGACAAUCUCAGUCUGGACACGGACAAUCCUCACACUCAGGGUCGAGUCAUGGCCAGUCUGGAUCUCAACAUGGAGAGUCAGGAUCCUCCAUUAGCGGGAGACAGGGAACUACUCGUGGACAGUCAGGAGACAGCAGUAGACAAUCCCAGUCUGGACACGGACAAUCCUCACACUCAGGGUCGAGUCAUGGCCAGUCUGGAUCUCAACAUGGCGGGUCAGGAUCCUCCAUUAGCGGGAGACAGGGAACUACUCGUGGACAGUCAGGAGACAGCAGUAGACAAUCCCAGUCUGGACACGGACAAUCCUCACACUCAGGGUCGAGUCAUGGCCAGUCUGGAUCUCAACAUGGCGAGUCAGGAUCCUCCAUUAGCGGGAGACAGGGAACUACUCGUGGACAGUCAGGAGACAGCAGUAGACAAUCCCAGUCUGGACACGGACAAUCCUCACACUCAGGGUCGAGUCAUGGCCAGUCUGGAUCUCAACAUGGCGAGUCAGGAUCCUCCAUUAGCGGGAGACAGGGAACUACUCGUGGACAGUCAGGAGACAGCAGUAGACAAUCCCAGUCUGGACACGGACAAUCCUCACACUCAGGGUCGAGUCAUGGCCAGUCUGGAUCUCAACAUGGCGAGUCAGGAUCCUCCAUUAGCGGGAGACAGGGAACUACUCGUGGACAAUCAGGAGACAGCAGUAGACAGUCCCAGUCUAGACACAGACAAUCCUCACACUCAGAGUCUAGCAGGACGGGAAGGAGUGGAUCCAGUCACAGUGAGUCUAGUGACAUUGAAUCGUACUCAGGAGACUCACAGUCACGCUCAGGGUCGAGUCAUGGCCAAUCUGGAUCUCGACAUGGACAAUCGGGAUCCUCCAUUAGCGGGAGACAGGGAACUACUCAAGGACAGUCAAGAGACAGCAGUAGACAAUCCCAGUCUGGACACGGACAAUCCUCAUACUCAGGGUCGAGUCAUGGCCAGUCUGGAUCUCAACAUAGAGAGUCGGGAUCCUCCAUUAGCGGGAGACAGGGAACUACUCGUGGACAGUCAGGAGACAGCAGUAGACAAUCCCAGUCUGGACACGGACAAUCCUCACACACAGGGUCGAGUCAUGGCCAGUCUGGAUCUCAACAUGGAGCGUCGGGAUCCUCCAUUAGCGGGAGACAGGGAACUACUCGUGGACAGUCAAGAGACAGCAGUAGACAAUCCCAGUCUGGACACGGACAAUCCUCAUACUCAGGGUCGAGUCAUGGCCAGUCUGGAUCUCAACAUAGAGAGUCGGGAUCCUCCAUUAGCGGGAGACAGGGAACUACUCGUGGACAGUCAGGAGACAGCAGUAGACAAUCCCAGUCUGGACACGGACAAUCCUCACACUCAGGGUCGAGUCAUGGCCAGUCUGGAUCUCAACAUGGAGCGUCGGGAUCCUCCAUUAGCGGGAGACAGGGAACUACUCGUGGACAGUCAAGAGACAGCAGUAGACAAUCUCAGUCUGGACACGGACAAUCCUCACACUCAGGGUCGAGUCAUGGCCAGUCUGGAUCUCAACAUGGAGAGUCAGGAUCCUCCAUUAGCGGGAGACAGGGAACUACUCGUGGACAGUCAGGAGACAGCAGUAGACAAUCCCAGUCUGGACACGGACAAUCCUCACACUCAGGGUCGAGUCAUGCCCAGUCUGGAUCUCAACAUGGCGAGUCAGGAUCCUCCAUUAGCGGGAGACAGGGAACUACUCGUGGACAGUCAGGAGACAGCAGUAGACAAUCCCAGUCUGGACACGGACAAUCCUCACACUCAGGGUCGAGUCAUGGCCAGUCUGGAUCUCAACAUGGCGAGUCAGGAUCCUCCAUUAGCGGGAGACAGGGAACUACUCGUGGACAGUCAGGAGACAGCAGUAGACAAUCCCAGUCUGGACACGGACAAUCCUCACACUCAGGGUCGAGUCAUGGCCAGUCUGGAUCUCAACAUGGCGAGUCAGGAUCCUCCAUUAGCGGGAGACAGGGAACUACUCGUGGACAGUCAAGAGACAGCAGUAGACAAUCCCAGUCUGGACACGGACAAUCCUCACACUCAGGGUCGAGUCAUGGCCAGUCUGGAUCUCAACAUGGCGAGUCAGGAUCCUCCAUUAGCGGGAGACAGGGAACUACUCGUGGACAAUCAGGAGACAGCAGUAGACAGUCCCAGUCUAGACACAGACAAUCCUCACACUCAGAGUCUAGCAGGACGGGAAGGAGUGGAUCCAGUCACAGUGAGUCUAGUGACAUUGAAUCGUACUCAGGAGACUCACAGUCACGCUCAGGGUCGAGUCAUGGCCAAUCUGGAUCUCGACAUGGACAAUCGGGAUCCUCCAUUAGCGGGAGACAGGGAACUACUCAAGGACAGUCAAGAGACAGCAGUAGACAAUCUCAGUCUGGACACGGACAAUCCUCAUACUCAGGGUCGAGUCAUGGCCAGUCUGGAUCUCAACAUAGAGAGUCGGGAUCCUCCAUUAGCGGGAGACAGGGAACUACUCGUGGACAGUCAGGAGACAGCAGUAGACAAUCCCAGUCUGGACACGGACAAUCCUCACACUCAGGGUCGAGUCAUGGCCAGUCUGGAUCUCAACAUAGAGAGUCGGGAUCCUCCAUGAGCGGGAGACAGGGAACUACUCGUG